UCCUCUGGGCUGUUUUUUGGCCGUGAAAUCUGAUCUCUUACCGGUGGUGAUGUUCUCUCUAACGUUCUCUUCACCGCAUCUCCCGCUCUCGCACCCGAAUCUUCCCGCAAAGAAACCCUUCAGAUAUCCAACCACUAAGAGCAACAGCAGCUCGAAAUUGAAGCAAAACAACCAUCGGAACGAAAGCCCAUCUGGGUCGCCAUGCAUUUCCUGCAAAAUUUAUUCUUUUGAAUCGGAGUCUGACAGUUUAUCCAGUUCACAGAAUACCGGAGAAAUCUCGGAAAAUGGGUCACCAUGUUCGUCUCCCUCGUCGAGCGAACGGGUGAAUUAUGCAAUACUCGCGGGUUGGCUUCAGUCUUCCAACGGGUUACGACUCGUCAAAAGGAUUCAUGCGAUGGCGUUGAAGUGUUUGGACAUUCAAGUUAUCUACUUCGGCAAUAAUUUGAUCAGUUCUUAUGUGAGAGUUGGGGAUUUGACCAGUGCUCGUAAAGUGUUCGAUAUAUUGCCGCAUAGAAACACGGUUACUUGGACCGCAAUGAUCGAUGGGUACCUGAAAUUUGGCCUUGAAAACGAGGCUUUUUCAUUGUUUGCUACUUUUGUGAAGAGAGGUAUCCGUUUUACGAAUGAGAGGAUGUUUGUAUGUCUGUUGAAUUUGUGCAGUAGGAGAUCAGAAUUUGAGCUAGGGAGACAGUUACAUGCCCAUUUGGUAAAAGGCCAAGUUGAGAAUCUCAUUGUAGAUAGUGCUCUUGUUUAUUUCUAUGCACAAUGUGGGGAGUUGGCUAGUGCACUACGCGCGUUUGAUCUGAUGAAGGAGAAGGAUGUGAUUUCUUGGACAGCUGUUAUUUCGGCUUGCUCAAGGAAAGGGCAUGGAAAAGAAGCCAUUUUUAUGUUUUCCCAGUUGUUAAAUCAGGGAUUUUUGCCCAACGAGUUUACAGUUUGCAGUAUUUUGAAGGCUUGCAGCGAGUUGAAGGCGAUAAGAUUUGGCAGGCAAUUACACAGUGUGGUAGUUAAGAAGGUGAUCAAGAACGAUGUUUUCGUUGGAACUUCUCUAAUGGAUAUGUAUGCAAAAUGCGGGAAGAUUUCAGAUUGUAGAAAAGUGUUUGAUGCCAUGAGCAAUAGAAACACGGUCACAUGGACUUCUAUCAUAGCUGCACAUGCUCGGGAGGAGUUGGGUGAUGAAGCUAUCAGCCUCUUCCGGGUAAUGAAGAGGCGGAAUUUGAUUGCAAACAACUUGACUGUUGUCAGCAUCCUUAGGGCAUGUGGCUCCAUUGGAGCUUUGUUGUUGGGAAAAGAACUUCAUGCUCAGAUCAUCAAGAAUUCAAUCGAAAAGAAUGUAUAUAUAGGCAGUACUUUGGUCUGGCUAUAUUGUAAAUGUGGAGAAUAUAAUAACGCAUUCAAUGUCCUUCACCAUAUGCCCUCUAGAGAUGUGGUGUCAUGGACGGCCAUGAUCUCUGGAUGUUUAAGCCUGGGGCAUGAGUCAGAAGCCCUAGCGUUCUUGAAGGAGAUGAUACAAGAAGGUGUGGAGCCGAACCCAUUUACGUAUUCCUCAGCUCUAAAGGCGUGUGCUAAUUCAGAAGCCCUACGUCUCGGAAAAUCCAUCCAUUCAAUUGCCAAGAAGAAUCCAGCUUUAUCCAACGUCUUUGUCGGAAGUGCUUUGAUUCAUAUGUAUGCAAAAUGUGGAUUUGUGACAGAAGCAUUUAGGGUUUUUGACAGUAUGCCUGAAAAGAACUUGGUUUCUUGGAAGGCUAUGGUAAUGGGUUAUGCGAGAAACGGGUUUUGCCAGGAAGCUCUGAAGCUUAUGUACAGAAUGCAGGCUGAGGGAUUUAAAGUUGACGAUUACAUCUUUACGACUAUAAUUUCUACUUGCGGAGAUAUAGAACACGAGACAGAACCUUCUGCAGAACGUUACUUGGAAUCCUCAGCUUCUCUGUAAGUGCCAUGGCUAGAAGCCUAGAACCCUUUGUAAAAAAAACACGGAUGUACAUAUAGAUCAACUCAGCUCCUGUUCUUUGCCGAGCCAUUUGCCAUUUUGUUGUGUUGUAUACGAAAAUGAGAUCCAAGCUUAUAGAUACUGAUCUUAAGGGCAAAACCUGUUGAGGGUUUGGUUGCUUGCUUGCUGUUGGCUGGAGAUGUGCAUUAGAAUGUAGCAUUAAGAAUUCUUCUUAGACUUCUGCCGCCAUUGAUGUGGCUCACUUUAAGUUUAUCUUUAUGUACUUCUUGUUAGUUUCUUACA